AUGGCAUUGGAGCAGUGCUGCUUCAGGAGCAUCAAGGUUCGCUUCCGGAAGGGUGGCAUCCAGCUUCUCAGUUCCCCGGGCAAGAGGAUGGUGCUGGCUGGCGUGCUGCUUUCCUCUGUCCUCGGCCUGUUCGGAUGUACCGUCACUCUAGGCAUGCGCCACAACAAAGACCAAGCACAGGGCCUGUGUCUGACCAAGGCCUGUUUCACGGUGGCCAGUAAGAUCGUGCAGGCCCUGGACCGCAGCGCUGACCCCUGCCAGGACUUCUACCAGUACGCCUGCGGGGGCUGGGUCCGCAAGAACCCUCUCCCCGACGGACGCCCCCGUUGGAGCACCUUCAACAGCGUCUGGAACCAGAACCAGGCUGUCCUCAAAAACCUGCUGGAAAACGUCACUUUCAACUCCAGCAGCGAGGCGGAGAGGAAGACUCAGUUCUACUACCUGUCCUGUCUCAAUGAGCAGCACAUUGAGGAGCUGGGAGCCACGCCCCUUAUUGACCUCAUCACAAAGACAGGGGGCUGGAGCAUCACUGGGCCCUGGGAGAAGGACAACUUCAUGGAGGUGCUGAAGACUGUGUCAGGUCCUUACCGCGCCCAGCCCUUCUUCACAGUCAGAGUCAGCGUGGACCCCAAUAAUUCCAAUAGCAACGUCAUCCAGGUGGACCAAUCAGGGUUGUUCCUCCCCCCGCGGGACUAUGACGGCAACACAGCCAAUGAAAAGGUGAGUAAAGCAUAUCUGGAUUACAUGGUGGAGCUGGGCCUGCUGUUGGGAGGGGAUAAGAACUCCACACAGAGCCAGAUGCAGCAGAUCCUGGACUUUGAGACAACGCUCGCCAACAUCACCAUAUCGCAGGACAAAUGCUGCGACAAGGAGAAGAUCUACCACAAGAUCACCAUCGCCGAGCUGCAGCUGCUGGCUCCGGCGGUGGACUGGCUGGACUACCUGUCCUUGGUCCUGUCCCCUCUGGACCUGAAUGACACGGAGCCCGUGGUGCUCUAUGCCAAGGAGUUCCUGCAGCAGGUGUCUGACUUGAUCAACAAGACUGAUCGCAGCCUGCUCAACAACUACAUGAUCUGGAACCUGGUGCAGAAGGGAGCAUCCAGUCUGGACCAGCGCUUUGAGAAUGCCCAGGACAAGCUGCUAGAGAGCCUGUAUGGAACCAAGAAAUCCCGCACACCUCGAUGGCAGACCUGCAUUGGGAACACAGAUGACACGCUCGGCUUCGCCCUGGGAGCGCUCUUUGUUAAAGCGACGUUUGAUAAACACAGCAAAAAGAUUGUCGAGGGGAUGAUCAAUGAGAUCCGUGCUGCGUUCAAAGAUGCUCUGGAUCACAUCAAGUGGAUGGACAAACAGACACGGAUGGCAGCCAAAGACAAGGCGGACACCAUCUACAACAUGAUUGGAUUCCCUGACUUUAUCCUGGACCCCAAAGAACUGGAUGAUGUUUAUGACGGGUAUGACGUCUCAGAAGACAACUUUUUCCAGAACACGCUCAACUUCUACAACUUCUCCGCCAGGGUGAUGGCCGAUCAUCUCCGCAAGCCACCCAACAGCGACCAAUGGAGUAUGACCCCUCCCACAGUCAACGCCUACUACAUGCCCAACAAGAAUGGAAUUGUCUUCCCAGCUGGAAUCCUUCAGGCACCCUUUUACGCCCAGCAUCACCCCAAAGCACUGAACUUCGGGGGGAUCGGAGUGGUGAUGGGACACGAACUCACUCAUGCCUUUGGUGUCCAGGGCAGGGAAUACGACAAAGACGGGAACCUUCGGCCAUGGUGGCAAAAUUCCUCUGUGGACGCAUUUAAGAAUCUCACGGAAUGCAUGGUAGAGCAGUACAACGGGUUUAACAUCAAUGGGACGCAUAUAAAUGGCAAGCAGACGCUGGAAGAGAACAUUGCUGACAACGGAGGCCUAAAGGCAGCCUAUAAUGCGUACCAGGCAUGGGUGCAGGAGAACGGUGAGGAGAAGAGGCUGCCGGCAGUCAACCUGACCAAUGACCAACUGUUCUUUGUGGGAUUCGCCCAGGUGUGGUGUUCCGUGCGAACCCCAGAGAGUGCCCACGAGGGACUCAUGACAGACCCCCACAGCCCCCCAAAGUACCGCGUCAUCGGCACCCUCUCCAACUCGCCAGCCUUUGCAGAGCACUUCCAUUGCCCCGCUGGCUCCCCGAUGAACUCUGGUCACCGCUGCACAGUGUGGUAG